CAUUAAUCUCUCCUAAUAACACGUCUCGUCACCCCCAUUACUCAAAAACCUCUCUUAAAAUGUUUUUUUCGACAAUCUUCGAUAUCUUUCUCGUGAUUUUUUGCCUAAUUAAGGCAGCCUCAGCUGGUAAUUUUAACCAGGAUGUGGAAUGCUUCUAUGGGGAUGCAAGGUGUCAAAUAUCUCCAGGAGGCAAUCUCCUUACACUCUCUCUUGACAAGGUUUCGGGUUCAGGUUUCAAAUCCAAGAAUGAAUACCACUUUGGUAGAUUUGACAUCCAAAUGAAGCUCGUCCCAGGGAAUUCAGCUGGCACCGUUACCACAUUCUAUUUAACUUCUGUGGGAGAAUAUCACAAUGAGAUUGAUAUGGAAUUCCUGGGGAAUUCAUCUGGCGAGCCAUAUACACUUCACACCAAUAUCUAUUGCCAGGGGACAGGAAACAGAGAACAACAGUUCAAGCUUUGGUUUGAUCCCACUUCAGCCUUUCACACUUACUCCAUUGUUUGGAACUCACAAAGGAUCAUUUUCUUGGUUGAUAAUAGUCCAAUCAGAGUGUACGAGAAUAAUCAGGGAAAAGGGAUUCCAUUUCCAGGUGAUCAGCCGAUGAGGGUAUACUGCAGUUUGUGGGAUGCAGAGGAAUGGGCAACUCAAGGUGGAAGGAUUAAGACUGAUUGGACAAAAGCACCAUUUUUUGCUUCUUACAGAAACUUCAAUGCUGAUGGAUGUAUAUGGUCAUCUUCAUCGUCGUCUUGCAAUUCCCCUGAUUCUUCUUAUAAUUCGCAAGCAUGGCGGACUCAAGGGCUUGAUUCUAAGAGUAGAAAUCGUCUUAGAUGGCUGCAAUCCAGGUCCUUGAUAUAUAACUACUGCAAAGAUUACCAGAGGUUUCCACAAGGACUUCCUCAAGAAUGCAAAUUUUGAAGACUUUCUUUAAGACCUAAUGUCAGCGAUUCAUCGUCUAUUCAAUAGUUCAUAGUUUGUAGUAAAAAAAAUCAUUCAAAAUUGUGAAAUUCAUUAUUCUUUUUAACAUGUACUAAAUUAUUGUAUUUUUAUUCUUUGAGGAAUAGAAGUUCAUCACUUGGUCGAAGAUUUUAUCCUUCUUACUUGGGAGAUCACCAGAAAUAAUGCGAUAAACAAAUUUCGUGAUGAUUUCUCUUGUCUUUGACAACUUAAACCCAUGUUUUUGUGUGAGACAUAAAUCCAUAGACAAUUGAUUAGGGA